CUGAAUGUGAGCAGCCAUUUUGUUAGCUAACUGGAGGUAGCCGCUGGCGCGUGUCGUUGCUAAUUGCGUGCGUUGUGCGUAGCACAGCUCGGACUUUCCAUUUCACCGUCGUAUUUCGAAAUUUUACUUGUACCUUUCGCACAACCAUUCGGCCGUAAGACCGUAGGUAAGAAGACGGCGUUUGUAUUUGUUAACUGCGAGUCCACAGCGAAAGUGGAUGCUCAUUCAUUUCUCAAACGCUCUUCCGUUUGCUAGCUAGCUAGCUAACUUGUUUGCCGUCGACAAAGGAGCUAAGUGACGCAUUUCGUGCACCCCCCACCGCAAUAAAAUCAAACGUUCGAGCAUUCACACUCGUAAGGGUGUCGACGUUUCGGAAUUUUUGCAUUUCAAUUUGCUUUAGGGGGAGCAAAUAAGAGUUGCGUGUGUAGCUCCCUCGUAGUGAGGUAGCACCCAGAGGCUUCAAGCUGGCUACCGGCCUUUCAGAGAACAUGUCCGAGUUGUACGUUCGGGUGGCCGAGGACGAGAGCGAGGAGCCGAUGGAGAUUCCAUCGGAAGACGACGGCACCGUUCUGCUUUCGUCGGUGGCGGCCCAGUUUCCAGGGGCGUGCGGGCUCCGCUACAGAAACCCCGAGUCCCAGUGCAUGCGCGGAGUCCGGCUUGUGGAGGGCGUCCUGCAUGCGCCAGAGAGCGACUGGGGAAACCUGGUUUACGUGGUCAACUACCCCAAAGAUAACAAAAGAAAGAUGGAGGAAAUCGACGCUGCCUCAGCUGUGAAAGUCAAAAGGGGUUAUCAGAAGACGUCAGACCUUAUUGUCCUUGGUCUGCCCUGGAAAACCACAGAACAAGACCUGAAAGAUUAUUUCACCACCUUUGGUGAGGUCAUCAUGGUACAGAUCAAGAGGGAUGCAAACACAGGCAACUCCAAAGGAUUUGGCUUUGUACGCUUCACUGAAUAUGAAACCCAGGUUAAAGUCAUUUCUCAGAGACACAUGAUAGACGGACGAUGGUGCGACUGCAAGCUCCCCAACUCAAAGGCAUUCCCCGAUGAGCCCAUGCGGAGUCGCAAAAUCUUCGUGGGCCGCUGCACAGAGGACAUGACCCCCGAUGAGCUGCGACAGUACUUCAUGCAGUACGGAGAAGUCACAGAUGUCUUCAUCCCAAAACCCUUCCGGGCGUUCGCAUUCGUCACAUUCGCCGACGACCAGGUGGCCCAGGCCCUGUGCGGAGAGGACCUGAUCAUCAAGGGCGUCAGUGUGCACAUCUCCAACGCCGAGCCCAAACACAACAAUAGUAGGCAAAUGAUGGAGAGAGGGCGCUUUGGGGCGGGCGGCUUCGGUCAGGCGUACGGCACUAGUCGCGGCGGGCUGGGCACGGGCGGGGGGGGGAAGGGCGGGGUCAACUUUAGCGCCCUGGGCCUUAAUCCGGCAAUGGUGGCGGCCGCCCAGGCGGCGCUGCAGAGCAGCUGGGGCAUGAUGGGCAUGCUGGCCAACCAGCAGGGGAUGACCACGGCGGCGGGGGGCACGGCCGCCACCACCCGGGAUCAGUCGUACAGCUCCACCAGCACCAGUUACAGCAGCCCCACCACGGCCAGUCUGGGCUGGCCCGCGGGCACUAACUCGGCCUCUGGCAGCGGCUUCAGCUCGGGCUUUGGCGCCUCCAUGGAGACCAAGUCUUCCAACUGGGGCAUGUAGAUAAGUAGGCGGCAGUUCAGUUGAGAUCCUCGGCCAGGGCUCGGGUCCCACUGUUAAAUUAGUUAAGUGUUAAGUUAAGUGUUCAAAAAAGCCCAAAGCAUUAGUUGGAUGUUUUCAUCAGUUUAGCGUGGCCCUCAGAGACUACACAAAUGUCCAAGUUCCCCAGCCCUGGUCUAGGCUAAUCUGGUAAGUACUAUUAAAAAAAAAAAAAAAAAACACACACCAAAAAAACAAAAAACACUGCCUUUUUUUCUGUUAACAAGGAAGUUGAAAUAUGUGUGACAGUAGUCAUGAGUGGGUUUAGUUAGCUGCUUUUCAGAAAGUGACGUGCAUGCAGCGUUGUUUGUAAACGUGCGUGAGUACCACCAGACCGCCAGUUCCUCUCAGUGGGCUUGAGAUCGUUGUGUUGUGUAUGCAGUGCAUUUCUAUUUCAUUUCCCCCCCCCCUUCUGACCUGAUCUGAUGGAAACGCCUUGCCAACCAUCUCUCCUACAGUUAACCAACUGUUUCGCUCGCUCCCGGGAGGAAGCGCCUCACUGGCAGCAAUGUUCUACAGAUCUCAGUAUCACGUGUAAACGCUUUGCCAUCAGCACCACACAAGCUUCACUCUGCAUUUACUGUGCUCCACGGUGGGUGUCACCUUCUAAUUCCUCUCCCUUUGUCGUGGACUACAUGUCUGAGAUCGAUGAGUGGGAUUUGGUGUGGAGCGAGCGAACGAGUGCAACAUGAACGAAAGCACGAGUGAGCAGAGACUGCUUGGUUUUUGUUGGCUUUUUUUUUCUUUUUGGGACGGGACAAAUGACAAAUGCCUGCGAGAGUUGGAAGACGCUGUGGCUUUGUGCGAGUGUGCGUGUGUCAUCCCGAGGACAUCAUUUCCCAGCCCAAGUAGUUGUUUUAGAACACGGUGAAAGCGCUAAGACUAUUUGUAUCCUUCCAAAGCUUUCCUCUUGAUGUCCAAUUCAAUGUGAAUUGUGUGUCUGUGUGCUUUUCUUUUCUUUUCUUUUCUCUGUGUUACCUAGCACCCUCCAUGUGUGGAAAUUAGACUGCUGCUGUUUGAGAGUUUGGAAGUGUGCUGACAUGACAAAUGUUUGUCCAAUUGAAAGUUUGAGUUUUGAAUGAGGGUCCCCCCUAUGUUUUGUGAAUUGAAACUGAAAUAAAAGGAGAAUUUGACUAGGUAUGAUGCACUCUUCACGGUGACUUCUUUUCCCCGGUCCAUUAAUUGAAAUGCCAACGCUUUAAUUCACAUGUAUAGGGGGCCGCGGACAAGGAACACCGCAACCAGGAGUCACUCACGGGGGGAGUUGAAGACCGCGGGAGAGCCCAAAAUGGAAUUUCUACACGAAUGCCUUAAAUUCAGAAAUGGAUCAUCUUCAUCCUGCCCGUGAGGAACCUUGGACCUUCCCAUGUUUAGUGUGCCCCAAAUCAAUGACAUCUUGGAAAACCUGUCUGCUCCAUUCUAAUGACAGGUUGUCUGUUUCUCUCUGUUUCAUUAUAAAGUACAUUUUUGUUCACACAAGCUGAGCGUGUGAAGAGAUAAUAUGGACAACUGACAUAAUUUAGUCUUGUGGCAAAAUAAAAGCUUUGAGUUAUUCACCUGUUGUCUGUCAUUGGAGAUGAAAAUCAGAUUUGAACACUUGCAAAAUUUAUUCUGAGCAAGUUUGUCCUCUUCCAUUGUUAUUUUGAUAUCUGUCUACUUUUAUUUGCUAGUGAUGCUUGUGUGUGUUAGGUGAGCUUUAGUCUGCUUGAUGCUGACUGCAUUGUAAACUUUUUUGUUUUUUUUAAACAGAUUGCUUGAUGUUUGUGAAAAUUUAAGUUUCAAAAUGGAAAUGUUCCCUUUCAGGAGAUUAAAAUUCAAACCGAUAAUA